AAAGGUUCUAAUUACUAUUUCUCCCUCUCUAGUCUGUGUGUAUCUAUCUAUAGUGAGAAGAUUGUGUUGAUUAUGACUAUUUUUAACUUCCAGCUUGCUGCCAAAGCUGGGUCCUUUGAAUCAUCACAAUAGUUGGUUGAUAUGAUUAGAAAUCCUUUUGCUAAUGUGGCUACUUCGUCUGGUGUAACUCUUGGAAAGGAUGAUAAGGCUAGGCAACCUAAGGACAAAAAGGCUCCUGAUCACUUGAUGGCAAACAAAGAACAGUAUAGUAAUAUGGAGACCCAGGAACCAUAUCCUGCUGGUUUUAAGGAGUAGGUAAUGUUAAAUUUGAUUCUGCUCUCUUUAUUUCAUGUAUUAAUUGGUUCGUUCUUUGUUUGAAUGUAACAUUGGUUGUGUGGCAUUUGACAAAAUUGGUAGAAAUUACUAUAAUUGAUGAAUGGGUGGUCAAUGAUAUAACUACGGAACUGCCUGUGCCACUAAAUCCAAGGCAUUUCU